AUGAACUCUUUAGAGCAACUUGAGCCAGUACCAUUAGCAGAAAACGAAUCAGAUGUUCCACCAAUGGCUCUUCAGUUGAUGGAUAUAUCUAGUUUAAAGUCUACUCUCAUUCAAUUUUUUCUAAUAGCUUUAGCACCAUUACUCUUUGCGUAUUUCUAUCCAAAUAAAUACAGAGUAUUAUCAUAUUCGCAGUUACAACCAGAAUCACUUGAAAAUCCAUCAAAUCAUUUCCUUUUUAUCAUACAAAAUCUUGAUGUUUAUCAUGACUCAAUAAGAGCGUCAUUUCAACUUUUCAAUCAAAAUAAGAAAAUCGAAACAAUGAAUUUAACAGCCAAAAUAUCUACUUUUAACCGAAAAAUGCAUGAAUCAAGUCCGAAAAUUUACGAAACGGAUAUAGUGACUAAUUCAACAAUGCCAAAGGAAGUAUUUUCAGCUCUACUCUCUGAUACACGUGUUGUUAAUAUCGAUAUUUCUUUUCCUCCUAAUUCAUCUGCAGUUUCUCGUAUAAACUGCUUCAUAGAAUACACGCCAAGCCCAAGAGUACACUUCGAACUAGCUACAAAUCUAUGUAUUUCCUUGAUUUUAGGUUGUUUAUUUUAUAAUAUUUACAUUUCUAUUGAAAAAACGAAAUACAUCAGACCAGCUCAGUUCGUUACAGAAUUUUUACUUGCUCUGAUACUUAUAUCAAGUAUUCCUGUUGAUAUUUUACGUCCUUACGUUUCAAAUGUUUUUAUUUAUGUUAUGAAGUCAAUAUUUAAUGUAUUAACAUCGGUAUCAAUCAUGUCAUGCUGUGUAUGCUAUUUCUACAUGAUUAUUAAUGUAAAUAACCAAAAACAAGUCAAAUAUACAAUAAUUUCUCUUUUAAUCAUUGGAUUUUCAGCUAUUAUAUCAAUAUAUAACUCUUUGUGGGAGACAUUGUUUUCUCCUGGUUCAACUUCUUUUGUUUUUUACAAAUCAUUUUUUGAAAUUUUGAUGUUUCUUUGUAUAUGCAUUUAUUCUUCGUACAUAUCAUCGCAAUCAUCUGAAGAUCGUAAUUCUGCAGUAUACUACUGCUCAAUUACUUGUUCUUGUGCAAUUUUACUUUUAUUAGUUGAUACGUUAGAAAAUUUAGAAUGCUACAACUCCAAUUUAGAUUUGUCAUUUGGUGUAAGGAGUGCUACCAAGCUUGCCGUAUCUUUUACAAUGACAUCUUUGCAUUUUCCACAAAUUGCGGUUAAAAAAGGUGGUCGGACCAAAAGAAGAAGGAAUCAAUACAGAAGACAAUCCGCGCAAAGCAAAUACUCCGUUGACAACAUUUUCCCUGAAGAUGAAGAAGAAAGUGCAAAUGAGAACAAAAGUGAGGAAAUUAAGACAGAAGAACAAGAGGAACAGCCCAAGGAAGUUACUGAUCUUAUUUAA